CAUAAAUGAACAACUGGCAAAAAUAGUCUCUUCCCCAAUCCAUCUUCACGGCGACGAUUGAAAUUCCCCACUCGUUUCGACAAACGCGUGGCUCACACUCUCUAUCUCUUCAAGAGGCGCCACCCCAUCUCCGAUUCUCCCGCAUCGUCUUCCAUAUUGACGAGAAGACACAAAAAAGCGGAAUCGUCUUGUUCAAUCUAUAAUCCGAAAGCUUACUUUCUGUGUUUGUGAGUGUCUUUUCUGCUGGCGGCCGGCGAUGGUGGAGCUUGGUCAAACAGAUACCGAAGUAUACGCGCCAAAGAAGACCUUACACGUAUGGCGGGCACUGUUGAACUGGUUGGCUUUCUUCUUUCAGAUCUUUGUUCAGAUCAUUAAAGCCACUCCUACCUUGAUUAAUUAUUCUUCUUCUUCGUCUCCGUCGCCUUCUUUUGAGCCUUUGCCCGUCGUUGAAUUGUCUGAAUCUCCCGAAUCUCCGUCACCGUACGCCUCCUCUGCUGUCAAUAUUCCAACUGCCGAUGCCGCCUAUGAUCUUUCGCAAAAGCUCACGGUUGUUCUUGAUUUGGAUGAAACUCUGGUAUGCGCUUAUGAGACUUCCAGUUUACCUGCCAUUGUUCGUAAUCAAGCCAUAGAUGCUGGAUUGAAUUGGUUUGAGCUAGAAUGCCUAUCUUCAGACAAGGAAAGUGAAGGCAAACCCAAAAUCAACUAUGUAACAGUAUUCGAACGUCCUGGAUUGCACGAAUUUCUUACCCAACUCAGUUUAUUUGCUGAUCUUAUUCUAUUCACUGCAGGCCUUGAAGGUUAUGCUAAACCACUUGUUGACAGAAUAGAUGCUGAAAACAGAUUUAGUCGGAGACUUUAUCGCCCUUCAACAAGUUCCACGGAAUACAGAGAACAUGUGAAGGAUCUUUCUUGCAUAUCAAGAAACUUCUGCAGAAUUGUGAUUGUUGACAACAAUCCAUUCAGUUUCUUAUUGCAACCAGUGAAUGGAAUCCCAUGCAUGCCUUUUUCUGCUGGACAACCACAUGAUAAUCAGCUUCUUGAUGUCAUUCUUCCACUUCUGAAACAACUGUCUGAACAGGGUGAUGUAAGGCCUCUACUCUAUGAAAAGUUUCACAUGCCUGAAUGGUUUCAUAAACAUGGUAUCCCUAAUGGAUGGGUGGGAACACAUGGGUUUGAGUGUAAGGAAAACGAGAAAAGUGGUCUUCUUCUUCCUCUCUGUGUGAUUUAUGUAUUGCAAUUGCAAGUGGGUACUGUAAAGAAAACAAGAACAAUGAUAUACCUACCCCACCACAAAUCUUCAUCUUCUCCCGUCUCUGCCUCCACUUCCACCUUCGCCUUCGUCGAUUUCUUCUUCUCCACCUUCGCUGACCUCUUCUCUUCUCCACCACAGAUUGAUAGAGUUGUGUUGGUUAAGUUGAUUCAUCGCCUUGGUUUUUACUGA